GAUUCAAACGGGGAAGCAUGGUCGGAGAGGGCAGCCGGCAGAGGCGGGCGUCGGGCGGCAGGCGCGAUGGAGCUGUCUGACGUCGGGGACCCCUAUAGCCGGCCGGCCCGCAGGACGCAGUGGCUGGUCAGCGCCCUGGCUUACCACUACGGGCUGGACCGGGGCGUGGAGAACGAGAUCGUGGUGCUGGCCACGGGCCUGGACCAGUACUUGCAAGAGAUCUUCCACCACCUGGACUGGGAGGGCGAAGGCAAGAUCCCCGGCGAGGACUUCCGGACCCUCUGCCAAGUGCUGGGGCUGUUGGACCGCCACAAGCAGGAGCGAGAGGCGGCCGCCGACCCGGAGGAGUGCGCCGGCCUCUGCGAGAACCUCUCGGCCGACCUGACUUUCCGGCAGUUCCAUGCCAGGCUGUGCUGCUACUUCAGCACCAAGGCCGGCUGCCGGGCGCAGGGCCAGGGCAUGGAGGUGGCUCGCCUGCCGGUGGGCAAGGAGAGCGAGCACAUCGAGACCCAGAUCCGCCUCCGCAGCCCGCUCCGCCGCCGCAGGGAGAAGGGAGCGGCGGGACGCCGCAAGGGCGGCCGGCGCAGCAGCAGCUGCAGCAGCGGGGCCCGGGGGGCUGCCUCUCCGCCGCCUUCCCCUGUGCCGCCGGGCUCGUGCUCCAGGGAGUGCUACGAGGAGAUCGUGGCGCUGGAGCAGGCCGAGGACCGGAUCGUCAAACUCGAGGAGGAAAACGCCAGCCUGCGCGAACUGGUGGAGGACAUGAGGGCGGCUCUGCAAAGUAGCGACGCCAGGUGCCUGGCGCUGCAGGUAGGAUUGCGGAAAAGCCAUGCUAACCAUAAGAAAAAUGGAACCUGCUUUAUACAUAACAGAAGAUUAUUAAUGCACAGCCAGUUCCAGACUUCCAAGUGCCUUCAAAGUGUUCUAAAGGAAAUGGAAUUACUCCGAAGUUCUAGGGAUGGACAAAUUGAAGAAGCAAUUAGGUUUAAUCAAGAACUAGAAAAGGAGCUGAGGAGUUCUCAGGAAGCUGUGGUCACCUUGGAAGACAGCAAUCGCAACCUAAAGAGGGAGCAAGCUGAAAUGAGAAAGAAGGUUGAAGAAGCAAGGCAGGCAGUCCUCAACAGCCUUGGAAAAGUAAAACAGCUAGAAGCUAAAGCCAGUGAAGUGUCGCAUUUGCAGAUAUAUAUUCAGCAACUGGAAUCAGAACUACAAUAUUAUAGGUCAGAAGUCUUGAAGGCCCAGCUUCCAAUACCAGGCAGCUUGGAGCAGAAGGCUAGCCCAGCAGUGAAUGGGCGAUACUCCUCGUUGGUUGUUCAGCAAGCCAGAAGUUCACCCACAGACGGAGCAGGAGUACCAGAGACUGUGGAAGAUCAAAUGUUUCGUUCAGUGGAAGGCCAGGCAGCAUCUGAUGAGGAGGAAGAGAAAGUGAACGGGGACCAGCCUUCUCAGGUGGUGGAAGUGAAGAAACUCCUAGCCAAACUUCCCUGCUGUAGUAGUGGAUGCGAUAACCCUGUGGUGAAGAGGCUGAUGUCGUAUCUUGGCAACAUUAGCAGGAAUGAGAACACCAUUGUGGAAUUAGUCAAGGGACUCUCACAAUUAUUAGAAGAGCUUGGGACCAAAGGGCAAGAAGUGAAAAAACUGGAAAUAAAUAUGGAAGAGAUGAAAGGCCCCUUGCUAGGAGAACUGCAGCAGAAGAUGGAGGAGACUGAAUUCCUGAAGAUGGAGUUGCAGAUGUUGGAGACGGAGAGAGUAAGGCUGUCACUGGUGGAAGAAAAGCUCUUGGAUGUAUUACAGCUUCUUCAGCAACUCCGGGAUCUGAACAUAUCUAAGCGAGCCCUGGGGAAGAUCAUACUCAGCACUUUGGAAUCCUGCUGUGAUCCACAACAUGGAAAGCCACAUAUUUUUGAAGUCCUAGAUACCCUCUGCCAUGAACUGACCGCCUGCGAACUCAUUCAUAGCAAGUCUCUGGAAGCAACUCCUGGUCAUCAGUCCUUGGUUAACCCACUGGUCAUCUCCUGUUGAGCAAGUGAUUUUCCACAGAGAGGGCUUUUAAGCUACAAGGCAAAACACAAGGUGGCAACUAGAGAUGAUUUUCAAAUUUUUCAUCCUUGCUGUUUCAACCAAAGAUCCUUGUUUCUGUUUUGCUUUUGCCCCGUGGGAAUCCACUCCUCUAUUCUUUGAGUUGGAUCCACUGGAUUUUUGCCCAUGGAGUGCAAC